CACAAUUGUUAACUGCGUAGUUGGAGAGGAGCAAGCAGCAAGGUUAUUUAUCGUAGCGUACCUCGCCUGCACAGCCUAAAAUGAGCCUCCAAGGAGAUAGACAGAAGGGAGGCAAGACCUCCAAAGGGAGUCUCUUUGAGAAACCUGACAAAGAAGCCCAAAGCACAAUCCAGGCAAAAAGACCACAUUCACCUGCACCCACCUGUGUGUCCAUGAAGAGUGACUGGUCAAUGGAUGCUCCAAUAGACCUCCGCAAAGGAGACUUUUAUAACAAUCAAAGCGAUGAACAACAGAGAUCAGAGUCUGAGAUUCCCAGUGGUCAGUCUGCCCAGGAUCAUAAGGAAGAUCUGUCCUCCAUUUUCAGGUCUGUUGAAGACAGUAUCAUCACUUUUGUGAGAGGGGAGUUGGAAAGAUUUAAGAGGAUUUUGUGUCCAGAUCUCCCAGAAUGCUUUGAGAGUCAGAAUAAGGAUGCAAAAGCAGUGGGCUCUGAAGAUGAGAAGCAGCAGAGCAAUGCCAGAGAGGGGGCUCUGAAGAUCACACUGCACAUCCUGAGGAACAUGAACCAGAAGGAACUUGCUGACACGUUGGAAAAAAGUCUUCUGGGUGAGCUUGCUGUAUGCCAGCAUAAACUCAAACUCAAUCUGAAGAGAAAGUUUGAAUGUCUGUUCGAGGGAAUAGCAAAGCAAGGAAACUCAACACUUCUCAACAAGGUCUACACAGAGCUGUACAUCACAGAGGGUGGAAGUGGAGAGGUCAAUCAUGAACAUGAGGUCAGACAGAUUGAGAUAGCAUCCAGAGGACCACCAACACAAGAGGUACCAAUCAAAUCCAAUGACAUCUUCAAACCCUUACCUGGACAAGACAAAACCAUCAGGACUGUACUGACAAAGGGAGUCGCUGGCAUUGGAAAAACCAUCACUGUACACAAGUUCAUUUUGGAUUGGGCUGAAGGAAAGGCAAAUCAGGAUGUCCAGCUCAUAUUUUCUCUCCCUUUUCGGGAGCUCAAUUUGUUCAAGGGGAAUCAAUGCAGUUUGAUCAAACUCCUCCAUCACUUUUGCGUUGAAGCAAAAGAAUCAGGAAUAUCCAACUUUGAAAAGUACAAAGUUGUGUUUAUCUUUGAUGGUCUUGAUGAGUGCCGACUUCCUCUAGACUUCCAGAACAAUAAGAGCUGUUCUGAUGUCACAGAGUCAACCUCAGUGGACGUGUUGCUGACAAACCUCAUCAAGGGGAAUCUGCUCCCAUCUGCUCUCCUCUGGAUAACCUCUCGACCUGCCGCAGCCUACCGCAUCCUUCCUGAUUGUGUUGACCAGGUGUCUGAAGUACGAGGGUUUAAUGACCAACAGAAGGAGGAAUACUUCAAGAAGAGAAUCAGUGAUCAAAACCUAGCCAAAAUAAUCAUUACACACAUAAAGUCAUCAAGGAGCCUGUACAUCAUGUGCCACAUACCAGUCUUCAGUUGGAUUUCUGCCACAGUCCUAGAGAAAAUGUUGGGGGAAGCAGAGAGUGGAAAGAUGCCCAACACACUGACUCAGAUGUACACACACUAUCUGAUUUGCAUCAUACUGAUCAAUCUGAAAUAUUCAGUGGGAUCAGAGACAUUGGGGGCAGAUUCAGAGAUUAAAACAGACGAAGAGAUGAUCCUCACACUGGGAAAAUUGGCAUUUGAACAGCUGGAGAAAGGAAAUCUGAUCUUCUAUGAGGAAGACCUGAGAGAGUGUGGCAUUGAUGUCAGAGAAGUGUUAGUGCACUCAGGAGUGUUCACUCAGAUCUUUAGAGAGGAGUGUGGGCUGUACCAGGGGAGGGUGUACUGCUUUGUGCAUCUGAGCAUUCAGGAGUUUCUUGCUGCAUUAUAUGUGUUCCACACAUUCAUCAACAGCGGUCUAAAUCUAUUAGACGAACAGGAAACCAUCACCAGAAAGCUUCAGAUAACCAAAGGUAUUCCUGUAACUCUUCUUCACAAGAGUGCAGUAGACAAGGCCUUACAAAGUGAGAAUGGACACCUGGACCUUUUCUUUCGCUUCCUUCUCGGUCUCUCAAUGGAGUCCAGUGGAACUCUCCUACGAGGCCUACUGGCACAGAUAGGAGGCAUCUCUCAGAGCAAUGAGGAAACCGUUGAGUACAUCAAGAAGAAGAUCAGGAAGAAUCCCUCUCCAGAGAGAUGCAUCAAUCUGUUCCACUGUCUGAAUGAGUUGAAUGACCAUUCUCUUGUGGAGGAGAUCCAGAGCUACCUGUGCUCAGGAAGUCUCUCAGAAGCCCAACUUUCGCCUGCACAGUGGUCAGCAUUGGUCUUUGUGUUGCUGACAUCUGAAAAGGAGCUUGAUGUGUUUGACCUGAAGAAAUAUUCCAGAUCAGAAGAGGGUGUUCGGAGGCUGUUGCCAGUGGUCAAAAUCACCAGGACAGCUGUGCUGAAAGGAUGUAAUCUCACAGAGAGAUGCUGUGAAGAAUUGGCCUCAGCUCUCAGCUCAAACACCUCACACCUAAGAGAGCUGGACCUGAGUGACAAUGACCUGCAAGACUCAGGAGUCAAGCUGCUCUCUGCUGGACUUGCGAGUCCACACUGUAAAUUGGAGACACUAAGGCAAGUAUAUUUGGAGUUGAAGAUGGGAGCAAAAGGGAGCAUACAUUUUAAGACCGAGCAAGCAAUCUUACCAAAACGGUUACAUUUAUCUUUCUGCAGGUUGUCAUUCUGUGGUGUCACAGAGAAAGGCUGUGCUUCCCUGGCAUCAGCUCUGAGAUCAAACCCCUCUCACAUGAAAGAGCUUGAUCUGAGCUACAACCACCCUGGAGACACAGGAGUGGAGCUGGUCUCUGCCAUACUGGAAGAUCCACACUGUCAACUGCAUACACUCAGUGUGGAUCAUAAUGCUGAGUGCUGGUUGAAAUCUGCCCUGAAGAAAUAUGCAUGUGAGCUCACACUGGAUCCAAACACAGCACACACAUACCUCUCUCUGUGUGAGGCAAAUAAAAAGAUGACACGGAUGGAGGCGGCGCAAGUAUAUCCUGAUAGCUCUGAUAGAUUUAAGGACUGGGGCCAGGCGUUGUGUAGAGAGGGUCUGUCUGGGCGCUGCUACUGGGAGGCAGAAUGGACUGGGAAAUGGGCUGGUGUAGGAGUGGCAUAUAAAGGAAUCAGCAGGAAAGGGGAGGGUAAUGAUUGUGUGCUUGGAUACAAUGACAUGUCUUGGAGUCUGCGCUGCUUUGAUGGCUGUUUCAAUGCCUGGCACAAGAAGAAGGGGGAAGCCAUAUUGGUCCCCUCCCCUGUCCCCAAAAGGGUAGGAAUGUAUCUGGACUGGCUGGCUGGCACUCUGUCCUUCUACAGUGUCUCAUCUAACUCACUGACCCACCUGCACACAUUCCAGACGACAUUCACUGAACUUCUCUACCCAGGGUUUAGGCUUUGGGAUCAUGACACCUCAGUGUCCCUGUGCCGGGUAGAAUAGCCCCUUGUGGUAUACCUAGAAGAACACCAAAAGGAUCAGACUCUAAAAUACACUACCACUCAAUAAAGGUGAACAUUGUUACUGAUUAUAUCAAAUUUAUAAAGCCCUUCUUACAUCAGCUGAUAUCUUAAAGUGCUGUACAGAAACCCAGCCUAAAACCCCAAACGUCAAGCAAUGCAGGUGUAGAAGCUCGGUGGCUAGGAAAAACUCCCGAGAAUGGCCAGAACCUAGGAAGAAACCUAGAGAGGAACCAGGCUAUGAGGGGUGGCCAGUCCUCUUCUGGCUGUGCCAGGUGGAGAUUAUAACAGAACAUGGCCAAGAUGUUCAAAUGUUCAUAGAUGACCAGCAGGGUCAAAUAAUAAUAAUCACAGUGGUUGUCGAGGGUGCAACAGGUCAGCACCUCAGGAGUAAAUGUCAGUUGGGUUUUACUAGCCGAUCAUUCAGAGUAUCUCUACUGCUCUUGCUGUCUCUAGAGAGUUUAAAACAGCAGGUCUGGGGACAGGUAGCACGUCCGGUGAACAGGUCAGGGUUCCAUAGCCGCAGGCAGAACAGUUGAAACUGUAGCAGCAGCACUGCCAGGUGGACUGGGGACAUAUGGGUAUGUACAGUUGAAGUUGGAAGUUUACAUACACCUCAGCCAAAUAUAUUUAAACUCAGUUUUUCACAAUUCCUGACAUUUAAUCCUAGUAAAAAUUUCCUGUCUUUGGUCAGUUAGGAUCACCACUUUAUUUUAUGAAUGUGAAAUGUCAGAAUAAUAGUAGAGGGAUGUAACGGUCCUGACCUGUUUUAUGUUGUUUUUGUAUGUGUUUAGGUCAGGGCAUGUGUUUUGGGUGGGCAGUCUAUGUUAUCUGUUUCUAUGUUGGUUUUGGUUGCCUGGUAUGGCUCUUAAUUAGAGGCAGGUGUUUUGCGUUCUCCUCUAAUUAAGAGUCAUAUUUAGGUAGGGUGUUCUCACUGUUUGUUUGUGGGUGAUUGUCUCCUGUGUCUGUGUCGAUGUUACACCAUACGGGAUUGUUUCGGUUUGUUCGUGCGUUUUUGUAGUAAGUACUUGUUCGUUCGUUCUGCGUGUGUUAUGUCAGUUCGUCGUGCUAAGUCUGUCUACUUUCGUUUUGUUAUUUUGUUAGUUUAUUCAAGUAUAGUUUGUUUCGUCUUGUAAAUAAAAUUCAUCAUGUAUUCACAACCCGCUGCGUCUUGGCUCGAUCACUACUCCUCCUCUUCUUAUGAAGAGAGAGAGGAACGCCGUUACAAGGGAAUGAUUUAUUUCAGCUUUUACUUCUUUCAUCACAUUCCCAGUUGGUCAGACGUUUACAUACACUCAAUUAGUAUUUGGUAGCAUUGCCUUUAAAUUGUUUAACUUGGGUGUUUAAUGUUUAAUGCUUUGGGUAGCCUUCCCGCAAUAAGUUGGGUGGAUUUUGGCCCAUUCCUCCUGACAGCUGGUGUAACUGAGUCAGGUUUGUAGGCCUCCUUGCUCAACAUUUCAGUUUUGCUCACAAAUUUUCUAUGGGAUUGAGGUCAGGGCUUUGUGAUGGCCACUCCAAUACCUUGACUUUGUUGUUCUUAAGCCAUUUUGCCACAACUUUGGAAGUAUGGUUGGGGUCAUUGUCCAUUUGGAAGACCCAUUUGCGACUAAGCUUUAACUUCCUGACUGAUGUCUUGAGAUGUUGCUUCAAUACAUCCACAUAAUGUUCCUCCUUCAUGAUGCCAUCUAUUUUGUGAAGUGCACCAGUCCCUCCUGCAGAAAAGCACCCCCACAACAUGAUGCUGUGCUUCAUGGUUGGGAUGGUGUUCUUCGGCUUGCAAGCAUCCCCCUUUUUCUUCCAAACAUAACAAUGGUCAUUAUGGCCAAACAGUUCUUUUCUUGUUUCAUCAGAUCAGAGGACAUUUCUCCAAAAAUUACGAUCUUUGUCCCCAUGUGCAGUUGCAAACCGUAGUCUAGCUUUUUUAUGGAGGUUUUGAAGCAGUGGCUUCUUCCUUGCUGAGCGGCCUUUGAGGUUAUGUCGAUAUAGGACUCGUUUUACUGUGGAUAUACAGUGGGGAGAACAAGUAUUUGAUACACUGCCGAUUUUGCAGGUUUUCCUACUUACAAAGCAUGUAGAGGUCUGUAAUUUUUAUCAUAGGUACACUUCAACUGUGAGAGACGGAAUCUAAAACAAAAAUCCAGAAAAUCACAUUGUAUCAAAUCAAAUCAAGUUUAUUUUAUAUAGCCCUUCGUACAUCAGCUAAUAUCUCGAAGUGCUGUACAGAAACCCAGCCUAAAACCCCAAACAGCAAGCAAUGCAGGUGUAGAAGCACGGUGGCUGGGAAAAACUCCCUAGAAAGGCCAAAACCUAGGAAGAAACCUAGAGAGGAACUAGGCUAUGAGGGGUGGCCAGUCCUCUUCUGGCUGUGCCAGGUGGAGAUUAUAACAGAACAUAGCCAAGAUGUUCAAAAUGUUCAUAAAUUACCAGCAUGGUCAAAUAAUAAUCAGGAAUAAAUGUCAGUUGGCUUUUCAUAGCCGAUCAUUAAGAGUUGAAAACAGCAGGUCUGGGACAGGUAGCACGUCCGGUGGACAGGUUAGGGUUCCAUAACCGCAGGCAGAACAGUUGAAACUGGAACAGCAGUUUCAUGUAUGAUUUUUAAGUAAUUAAUUUGCAUUUUAUUGCAUGACAUAAGUAUUUGAUACAUCAGAAAAGCAGAACUUAAUAUUUGGUACAGAAACCUUUGUUUGCAAUUACAGAGAUCAUACGUCUCCUGUAGUUCUUGACCAGGUUUGCACACACUGCAGCAAGGAUUUUGGCCCACUCCUCCAUACAGACCUUCUCCAGAUCCUUCAGGUUUCGGGGCUGUCGCUGGGCAAUACGGGCUUUCGGCUCCCUCCAAAGAUUUUCUAUUGGGUUCAGGUCUGGAGACUGGCUAGGCCCCUCCAGGACCUUGAGAUGCUUCUUACGGAGCCACUCCUUAGUUGCCCUGGCUGUGUGUUUCGGGUCGUUGUCAUGCUGGAAGACCCAGCCACGACCCAUCUUCAAUGCUCUUACUGAGGGAAGGAGGUUGUUGGCCAAGAUCUCGCGAUACAUGGCCCCAUCCAUCCUCCCCUCAAUACGGUUCAGUCGUCCUGUCCCCUUUGCAGAAAAGCAUCCCCAAAGAAUGAUGUUUCCACCUCCAUGCUUCACGGUUAGGAUGGUGUUCUUGGGGUUGUACUCAUCCUGCUUCUUCCUCCAAACACGGCGAGUGGAGUUGACCAAAAAGCUCUAUUUUUGUCUCAUCAGACCACAUGACCUUCUCCCAUUCCUCUGGAUCAUCCAGAUGGUCAUUGGCAAACUUCAGACGGGCCUGGACAUGCGCUGACUUGAGCAGGGGGACCUUGCGUGCGCUGCAGGAUUUUAAUCCAUGACGGCGUAGUGUGUUACUAAUGGUUUUCUUUCAGACUGUGGUCCCAGCUCUCUUCAGGUCAUUGACCAGGUCCUGCUGUGUAGUUCUGGGCUGAUCCCUCACCUUCCUCAUGAUCAUUGAUGCACCACGAGGUGAGAUCUUGCAUGGAGCCCCAGACCGAGGGUGAUUGACCGUCAUCUUGAACUUCUUCCAUUUUCUAAUAAUUGCGCCAACAGUUGUUGCCUUCUCACCAAGCUGCUUGCCUAUUGUCUUGUAGCCCAUCUCAGCCUUGUGCAGGUCUACAAUUUAUCCCUGAUGUCCUUACACAGCUCUCUGGUCUUGGCCAUUGUAGAGAGGUUGGAGUCUGUUUGAUUGAGUGUGUGGACAGGUGUCUUUUAUACAGGUAACGAGUUCAAACAGGUGCAGUUAAUACAGGUAAUGAGUGGAGAACAGGAGGGCUUCUUUUUUUUUUCUUUUUUUAAAUAAUUUUACCCCAUUUUCUCCCCAAUUUUCGUGGUAUCCAAUCGCUAGUAAUUACUACCUUGUCUCAUCGCUACAACUCCCGUACGGGCACGGGAGAGACGAAGGUCGAAAGCCAUGCGUCCUCCGAAGCACAACCCAACCAGCCGUACUGCUUCUUAACACAGCGCGCCUCCAACCCGGAAGCCAGCCGCACCAAUGUGUCGGAGGAAACACCGUGUACCUGGUCCCCCUUGGUUGGCGCGCACUGCGCCCGGCCCGCCACAGGAGUCGCUGGAGCGCGAUGAGACAAGGAUAUCCCUACCGGCCAAACCCUCCCUACCCCGGACGACCGACGCUAUGCCAAUUGUGCGUCGCCCCACGGACCUCCCGGUCGCAGCCGGGACGAGCCUGGGCGCGAACCCAGAGACUCUGGUGGCGCAGUUAGCGCUGCGAUGCAGUGCCCUAGACCACUGCGCCACCCGGGAGGCCCACAGGAGGGCUUCUUGAAGAAAAACUUACAGGUCUGUGAGAGACGGAAUUCUUACUGGUUGGUAGGUGAUCAAAUACUUAUGUCAUGCAAUAAAAUGCAAAUUAAUUACUUAAAAAUCAUACAAUGUGAUUUUCUGGAUUUUUGUUUUAGAUUCCGUCUCUCACAGUUGAAGUGUACCUAUGAUAAAAAUUACAGACUUCUACAUGCUUUGUAAGUAGGAAAACCUGCAAAAUCGGCAGUGUAUCAAAUACUUGUUCCCCCCACUGUAGGCACUUUUUUACCUGUUUCCUGCAGCACCUUCACAAGGUCCUUCGCUGUUGUUCUGGGAUUGAUUUGCACUUUUCACACCAAAGUACGUUCAUCUCUAGGAGACAGAACGCGUCUCCUUCCUGAGCGGUAUGACGGCUGCGUGGUCCCAUGGUGUUUAUACUUGCAUACUAUUUUUUGUACAGAUGAACGUGGUACCUUCAGGCAUUUGGAAAUUGCUCCCAAGGAUGGACCGGACUUGUGGAGGUCUACAAUUUUUUUCUGAGGUCUUGGCUGAUUUCUUUUGAUUUUCUCAUGAUGUCAAGCAAAGAGGCACUUUGAAGUUAGGCCUUGAAAUACAUCCACAGGUACACCUCCAAUUGCCUCAAAUUAUGUCAAUUAGCCAAUCAGAAGCUUCUAAAGCCAUGACAUAAUUUUCUGGAAUUUUCCAAGCUGUUUAAAGACAGUCAAUUUAGUGUAUGUAAUCUUCUGACCCACAGGAAUUGUGAUAUAGUGAAUUAUAAAUGAAAUAAUCUGUCUGUAAACAAUUGUUGGAAAAAUUAUGCAUAAAGUUGAUGACCUAACCGUCUUGCCAAAACUAUAGUUUGUUAACAAGAAAUUUGUGGAGUGGUUGAAAAAUUUAAUUUGAAUGACUCCAACCUAUGUGUAUGUAAACUUCCGACUUCAACUAUAGUUACUGGCUUAUAAGUCAUUCAAAUAAACUGUAUAAACAGGUAAUGGACAUACAGUAUUUAUAAAAUGCAUAAGGCUGGGAUCAUCAACUAGAUUCAGCCAUGGGACAAUUUUUUUCUUGAGCGGAUGGUCUGGGGGCCAGAAAACAAUCACAAAUAAUUUGUAGACUGCAAAUUGACUGCAAGAAGCCCAAGCAAAUAUAAUAUUUGACUCAAACCUUGCUUCCAUUUUUAUACCGUCACAUGUCUCUCUAAUGUGUGGGGGAGGGGGGAGCUUAGAAAACUUUGGGGGCCAAAUAAGACCACAUUUGACCCACGGGCCGCCAGUAGGGGAACCCUGGCAGUGGAAUUGACAGUGACAUUCUAUUUGUAAAAGGAAAUAUGUGAUAGUUUAAUCUAUGCAAAACAAGAAUUUGGUUCUAUUGUGGACUAGAUUUUACAUAUUUAUUUUUGUUUAUUAGAAUACAGCGCCAUAUUCUGGUUACGAAACCAUACAGUAUGUCUGUCUAUACAUUAUUUAGCAUACGUUACUUACAAUAUCAUUCUACUGCAAAACAUAAUUAAGGCUCAUUACAUAUUUUAAAUGUAUAAGUCUUGGUUUCGAACCGUUAUCACCAUAAAGUUACACUACAUGGCCAAAAGAAUGCGGACACCUGCUCGUCGAACAUCUCAUUCCAAAAUCAUGGACAUUAAUAUGGAGUUGGUCCCCCCUUUGCCGCUAUAACAGCCUCCACUCUUCUGGGAAGGCUUUUCACUAGAUAGUAGAAAGAGGAGGAAGGGAAGCGCUACUAAGGUACACAAUAGUACAUUUUGGUCCAUAGAAGGUGCUCUUUGGUAAAAGGGGUAAAUUGGUCAUCAAAAAGAAAGGAGGACCAAGGCACUCUUCAUAUGAUUAAUUAAAAUGCCUUUAUUAGUAUUGCAUGUUCAAUAGAAACAACGUUUCUUUUUAAUGGCUUUUCACUAGAUGUUGGAACAUUGAUGCGGGGACUUGCUUCCAUUCACCCAUGAGCAUUAGUGAGGUCGGGAGAUUAGGCCUGGCUCGCAGUCGGUGUUUGCGGUGGAAUAUUUUAUUCAAGUGAGAGAGACUUUAUUUCUUUAAACAAUCAUCUUUAUUCAAUAUUGAUUAAUUAUUGCAAUGAUACCUGAUACCAAGAUUGCUCAGUCAUAGCUGGUUUAACCCCCCCCCCCAUAUUGGGGGCACCAUAAGCCACUUUGGGUUCCUCCUGUGGGCAUCUGCCUCUGGUGCUGUCUCCCAAAUGCCAGGAUAAUUAGGAAUACUGAGACCUUUGUUCUGUUCCUCCAGGCCCUCUCUAGCUCUGUGACACUCACCAUAUCUGAUCUAUGGAAUGCCAGCUGUAGGUUUUUUAUCACCAAGCCAUCACUUAGUCAGUUGCCAGCCCAAGCUCCAUAAAGACUCCUCUCAGUUAACUCAGAAAAGGAGAGAGUCCUAAGAACCUUACCCUAUUAAAUGAAACAACCAUUUGGUGCAUAAAUAUAACAUAAUCCUGCUACCACAUUCCCCCAUUUUGGAAAUUCUCUCAAUUUAAAAGCAGAAUUACAAGGUUUUAAAAAAUAAAAUAAAAAACAUUUAUUCCUUUUAGUGCUUAAUGAACAUGACCCAGGAAACGCAUCAUGAUUCCACCAUGUAUAAUGGACUCUGUCCAUUAGCAUAAACCUGCUAUAGCUCCUGAGUAUUAUCAUCAAAAAUUACAAUUUGGCAAUGGAUAUAAAUCAAAUGGAUUGGGAUCAGUUUCACUCUCAGGACCAGAGUUCACUUCACCAAGGCAUGCUGAGAAUAGUCAUUGGUCAACAUUUUUCGGUACACAACAUCUUUAUCUAUGUCACAAUCAGCAUAACAACAAUCAAAACAAUCAAUCCAUAAUACAUUAAUUGCUCUGAUUUAACAUACUAAAACUUACUCAAAUCAACCAGGCAGUUUAAAAAAAUCAUUCAGCUUCUAAAUCAUAAUUAAUUAUCCAACCAAAAUCUAGAAUGACAUUGCUCAGUGAUUCACAUUGGUUCUAUCAUUCAAAAUUAAAACCCUCAACUUAACACACAUCAAGACUGGCAGAAUGUACAUUUAUAUUACCAUACAAUAUAUUAAUCUCAUAAUUCUAGUAUUACAUUUCUCAUCAGGGUUAUAAUUACAGAUCAGUAUCUCAAUGCAUUCUUAGCCUAAAUUACUAUAAAUUUAGCAGUGUAUAAACCUCAAUCAACCUGAUACUCCAAAAUAACAAUAUCAGACAAGUCUUAAUCAAUUACGGGCAGUUGACGAACCCCCUCCCUUUCCUGGCACUCAAUCUUCUGGCAUUUUUUUCAUUUUUGUUCUUCAGAUAGCUUCACAGUGGAUGGCCCAUGACAUGACUAAGUAGUGUGAAUACAUAUGUAAAUUAGAUAUUUCUGUAUUUUAUUUUCAACAAAUUUGCUAAAGUGUCUACAAACAUGUUUUCACUUUGUCAUUAUGGGAUAUUGUGUGCAGAUGAGUGGGAAAACAUUUUGAAUUCAGGCUGUAACACAACAGAAUAUAUUCUCACAUCUUGAAUUGAGAGGGUAUGCCCAGGGCCUACUUUUUAUUAAAGAAAAUGGCAAAAAGCACAGGCCUACCCCUUGUUAGCUUAAUAUUUUGAAAAAAAUAAAACGGAUCCGAUUAUAUAAAGUGAUAUAUAACAGCGCCUUGAUCAGAGAUGGUUUACACUAGAAACAAGCUGUAAAAGAUGCAUAUGGGGAUAUCUUUUCUUCAUUUCUUUGACAUUCAGAGGCUGGACUCCAACCUUCUAUAUCCGAGGAGACAAAACAUUUACUUUGCUUGGGAAGUAACCAAAUUCUGUCACUAUCAAUUGAUUAAGCUAUUCACAAGAUGUUUAAACCCAGACAGCUUUUGGGGAAACACUUGUGACCUCUCGUUGGGUUAAGCCAUGGAAGAAGAGUAGCCAACAGUUAAAGCUUAAUGUUCUGGUUCUGUAGUCAUAGCUGCGUGAAGUAGUUUGUGGGUGACGGUACACCCCGACUUCCCGCGUCUGUGUCUGUAGGCCUACUCUGUCUGGGGUGGAAAGGUAGGCCUAACUUUUGAAAGUACCAUGUUCAGAUUCCUAAUGACGUCUCUGAUGUAAUUAUUUGCAAACAGUCAUAGUUUCGUUGCACUGAUUUGGCAUUGGAGAAAUAUGUCCAUUAUUAGCCUGUCCUUUAGGUAAUUUGUGUGGUAUUAAAAACGAUUCUGCUAAUAUGUCAAAUGAUGUAGAAUUGCAUGAAAUGUUUAUAAAAUACAAUUUUAUCUUUCCACCCCUACUCUUGCCUGGCCGAUCGUGUAUAGCCAUUGCACGAUUUCGGGGGUCUUAUUUGACCUUUUCUUCCGUUUUUCCGACCUUUUCUUCCGUUCAAUCCCACCAAGGGACACCACAUGAGUAUUUACAAUACUUGUUACACUGUACUUAAAACAAAUAUGUUUAUUUUAAUACAGUGAACUUUGUAUUCCCUCAGAAGUUGGUACACUGUACUUAAAACAAUAUUAGAACUUUUGAUAGUUUUAAUACAAUUUAGUUUUAAUACAAUAAUAAUUUGUCUUCAAUUCUUUGUGUUUAUUCGCCCAGAGCAAAUAACUUUACAGGAGAGGGGACCCACUGAUUAACUGAGUGCCUCUUCAGAGCAAGGCAUCCAUAUCCUGUGAGAUGGAAUGUUCCACUUUAAAAUAUUCUGUCGGCAGUUACAUGCUUCAUGAUCAACAUCUAUUUAUUCAUGCAACAAACCUGGAUAGUUGUUUUAGGUCUGUUUAGUGUAAACAGUUUGAUAUAUGACUAAGUGCAUUACUUUUAAUUUUCUUAAUGUUACUUGUCUCCUUUUCACCUCAUUUAACAUCUGAUUUACUUAACAAAAAGCACAUCUCAAUAGGUGGUCACGGUAAGUCAUGGCAUAGCACGUGGGGGGUGUGGCUUUCCUCUUUUGUUCCUCAAGCGAGGGGGAGACUAAUGAUGUGGAUUCCUUGAAUGCCUAAAAAGUAGUCUAAAAAGCCCCAGCAGUAUUUGGUUAAAAAUGUAUCUUUUUUUUACCCUUUUAGUGUGUGUACUGUAGUUAUAGUUGGGAUAUUGCUUUUCAAAAUUAAAAGUUCAGAAAUCA